AUCGUCGUGCAAAACGGCCGCGCGUUGAUCCGCUCGGCGCGGCUGGCCGUGGUACGCACAGGGCGGAUCGUUACGCGCGCGUCGACGCUGCGUCGCGAAUUCGCGCGAGGAACGUGCAAAUUCUCGGCGCCGCCUGUCGCCAGCCGUCGUGCUGCUGCUGCUGCUGCUGUGGUGUCGCGUAUUUCGUCGCGCGCACGCGAGCGUGUGCGUGCGCGCGAGCGAGCGGACGAGCGAUCGCGUAAAACGAUCGGACCAGCGUACGAGGCCCCAGUAGCUGGUUGCUCGCCGAUCGGCGAGGCCGACGAACGUAACGAGUUCGCAAACGCGCUCGACGCCCCGAGAGCGAGAGAGCGAGCGACCAAGUGCCUCGAGAGCCUCUAGUCGAGAAACCGAUCUGCGCGCGAGGCCGCCCGAGAGAGAGAGAACGAGCGAGCGUGCGGGCAGGCACCUCGUAGCGCUAGAUUCAGGGCACAUGGGAUCAUCCGGGCCCGUCUCGAACUCGAGAUGAACGGUGAUUUCGGAUACGUUUACAUGAAUGGGGACAUCGGGAAGCUGCCACCAGGGGCGGUCUACCCAGCCACCCCUGAAACUCUGGGUCCACAAGUUGCGGGUGCAAUUGGUGGCGGAGUGCCUAAUCUAGACUACGGAGUCAUGAACGGUGCCCCAAGCGGCAAUGAACUGAUUCUCGACGCCGGUGUCGGCAGCCUGGAACCCUCGCCGCAGCACGCCAUAGGGAUGCAUGGAGGUGCCGUUGGAUACAGCCCAGUGGAUGUCGCUGCCCUGGGCGACGCGUCCGCCGCUCCACCUCCGCCAGCACCGAUGGCUGAGACCCAACUACCCUUGGAACAGCUCAAGCAAAUGCUCUCUUCGCAACUCGAGUACUAUUUCUCCAGAGAAAAUUUAGCCAACGAUACCUAUUUGUUGUCACAAAUGGAUAAUGAUCAGUAUGUGCCGAUAUGGACAGUAGCGAAUUUUAAUCAAGUGAAAAAGUUGACGAAGGAUAUUAAGCUCAUAACAGAGGUGCUGAGGGAAUCUCCCAAUGUGCAAGUGGACGAAGAGGGACAGAAGGUUAGGCCGAAUCACAAACGAUGUAUCGUGAUACUUCGUGAGAUACCGGACAGCACGCCGCUGGAAGACGUGAAGAAUUUGUUUUCCGGCGAGGGAUGCCCGAGGUUUAUUUCAUGCGAGUUUGCUCACAACAGCUCGUGGUACGUGACAUUCGAGUCCGACGAGGAUGCUCAAAAGGCCUACCGGUUUCUACGCGAGGAAGUUCGAGAAUUUCAGGGAAAACCGAUAAUGGCGAGAAUCAAAGCGAAACCAAUGAACAGGCUACCAAUGCCAGCGGUGGCUAGCGUAGGUGGUAUAAAAAACGGCUACAGAACUCCGCCGCCUCCUCCCGUCUACGAUCCAAGUAGUUAUACGGCUGGACAGCAACGUUUCCUCUAUACUAAUGGCACGACUAUGCCACAGACAACUAUGCCGUACGCGAACCAGGUCGUUUACCACCAGCCAUUCUAUCCCGCCGGUAUGGUGCCUUGGGGACCGGCCAGUCCCGCCGCUUUUUUCGAUAUGUCCGGUGUUUUUUCGAUGAACGGAAUAACACCGCACAACACAUACAAACCUCACAAUAGAUAUCCACGUCACAGGUACGCUGCACAAUGGUCUGAUGCGCGCAAUUAUUCUUCUAGAAACAAGCAGAGAAAUGGCUCUGACCGAAACUGUUUGAUGGAUCCUGCCAAUCCCAGCAGCGGCAAUAACAAUCACCACCAUCACCACCACCACCACCAUCAUCACCAUCACCAACAGUCAUCCAUGCCGCCGCUAAACAGCCGUAGUUCGCAUCCACCUAUGACCGUCGGCGGCGGUGGCGGCGGCAGCAUGCCCGCGAAUUCCUCUACGUCCACUUACCACGCUUCGAGUUUGCCUCCUUCGAAGCCGUCCUCCGCCUUGUUAUCCUCUUCCUACCAGCCCGGCACAAAGUUCCAUUCCUUGUCAUCCGCUCCGUCAUCCGUCGAACACGCGAAGGGACCUUCCUCCUCCUCGCCGUCCUCCGCGCAGGACCAGGACACGGCGGCGGCGACGGCGGCGGUGGCCGAACCCUCCUCCACCUCCUCAUCUUCGGCGCCUUCGUUUCCUCGCCACCGUAUUCAUCGCAGGACCAAAGAUCAGGAGUCAAAGGUAGCAGCUGGGAACAAUCAUCCGCUACCGGCGAUCAAGGAAUCGUUGCCGGCGAGCGGAGGCAGCAACAGCAACUGCGGCAGCGGUCGCAGUAGCGGCGUACAGUUCGAUCUGGAGGCGGCCGCUUUCCCGCCCUUGCCCGGCCUAGACGCCGAUCACGGCAAGGGGUCUACCGAGGUCGGCGCUGUCGGUGGUGGCGCCGGCACCGCUGGCGUCGAAUCCGCGUCGCAGAAUCGAUUGUCCGACGUCGUUAAGGGCACCGCCAAACUCAAGGCCGCCGUCAAGGAUAAAGAGAGCGGCAACCAGCAGCAGUUCCAACUGCAGCAACAGCAGCCGCAGCAACCCGCACCCCCGCCAGUGGUGACAAACACCGCCAGCAGGUCCGCUAGUCCUGGAGCGAGUACCGGAGCCGAGGGAGCGCAGCCGAACACUCUGGGAAAUGCCGCCGCGUCGACGAAUCCAGCGACGAAUGCCGCGCAUGCCCUUAAUCCGCCGACGGCCAACAACGAGAACACGUCUUCGUCGUCGUCGGCCGAUGCUGCCGCGCUCAGCACCAUCGCGCUCACUCCCCCUUCAUCUCCUGAUAAAUCUAUAAAGACUGACGACUCGAACAUGGUGAACGGUGUGGACGACGCUGUAGUUGCGAACGCGCACCUGCCGGCAGUGGUGACGUCGACGACGGCGACGACGACGACGACGACGACGGGAGCAACGGCGACAACGGCCGCGGCGACGACAGACGAUGCCGAACCAAUGACCAGGUGCGAUUGUAACAACGUUGUCGUUGUUCCUCCUCCUACUGCCUCACAGAGCUCUCAAUCGCAAAUUGGAGUGGCCUCCAGCUUCCCUAUAGAUCUUACGAGGCCGAGCUAUGCCCAAGUGGCGCAACAUUGCCGCGAGCUACCUUGUACAAAACACAAAACAGAUGAAAGGGACAGAAAUGUUUAAAAGAUGCAUAAGGAUGGAAGAUACCUAAGCGGCGGACGCGGCUUAAAUAUUGCGAAGCAAGAUGAUAAAAUCUGCAGAUUGGCACGACGACGACGACGACGACGACGACGACGACGACGACCGGGGUACACAAACAAUAUUCAGCUGUGCUAUAUGUGCUACGAUGUCAUCGGUGUCUCGGGGUCAGAUCGGAUCGAGAAUCAGGAUAUCGGAGCUCGCCGCUGCUUUCACCUAUCUAUCUAUCCACCCCCCGGCACUCUCCCCUCUCGGACCGACGCCGUUACGUGCUGCGGGCGCGAGGAAGAGAGAACUUUUUACAUUGUACAGUGACGUCUCGCCUACGAUCAACGAUCGAUCGAUCGACGAAUCGAUCAAGAGAGAGAGAGAGAAUGUGUGUAUGAAAGAGACAGAAUGUGUGUGCGAGAAAGAAAAUAGGGAGAGAGAAAAAGAGAGGAGGAAGAGCAGUGUGUGCGCACGAACAUAACGUGAGACUCGCCACGCGUUAUUAUAGCGGCGCACUUGCCGGCGUUUAUUAUACAGGGUGAUCGGAGAAUUCUGCGGGGCUAAGUUUGUAAGCCGCGAUUUAACGUUGAUGGGUUCGCCGAUAUGCUUGCAAAUCGGCAGUUGUUUUAUUCGCUUCGCAAUUCGUGAGAUGCAAUUCGAUUGUAGUUUAUUCGUGAUCGGUGGGCAUGCGAGAGGGCUUACGAGAAUUUUUUUUCAAGAUCUAAUCGUAAUAGAAUAUUAAGAAUCUGAUGAGAAUCUAAAUGCAAACGUCCGCGAGAAGCGCGUUCAGGUAUGUAAAGUGAACAGCAACUCGGGGAGCAGCUACGUGAAGCUGCUGACGAAGCUACCCAGUCAUCCAGAGGAAUUAUUGGCCUGGCAAACAAAGCUCGGUAGCAAGAUGAUAACAAAAGCCCGGAGAGCAACUGUUUUACUGUUUCAAGGGGAGGUUCGGAGGGAAUCUGAGUAAUUGGAAAUCAAAAAGGCUCCGAUAGAACGUACGGUGAAAUGAAGAGCUCGAGAUUUGACGAAUGAAAUGAUUAACUAAUCGAAAUAUAUUUAUCACAAUCUCGCGCGCACGCGCGAAACUUGUACGAUUUUCAAACACGGGUACACAACUUUGAGCGUACCUAAUAAUAAUGUAAGCUUUAGUUUUAAGAGUUUGUUAGUAAUUAGUAAGUUAAGGACCUUGAAUUAACGUAUAUAUAGAUCUAAAAAAAAUUUCUGAAUUCAAGAGUUCAAACGAGAUAUUCGUACGAUCGCGCAGAAUAAGGGUGGGGGGGGGGGAAGGAAGAGAGACGCGAAGGCGUGUUACCAAAUGACGACAUCUUUCCAAAUGUCUUUCUCUCGACGGCACCGGCUACGCGACUUCCCGAUCACCCAGUACAUCGCGUAAGAGAAGAGUAUUGUUAUAUAUCGUUUUUUGGUUCUGUGAUUGAGGUACAUAUUGGUUAGCUUGUAAAAACGAAAAUGCGUUAAAGAGUUAUAUAAGAUUAAUCUCGAAAAGAGAGAACUCCUUCCCCGCUCCUCCUUCACGCGCGCGCGCGCGCAGGGUAUUCGUAAUAUUAUAUGUAACCGGGAAACACACGUCUCUAUAGCUAUAUAUAUUUGUGCCAAAAACAUUGCCUGACGAAAUCUCCCGAGAUAUGCAACGAAAUGGAUACCGAAGUCAACACCGAAAUCGAGAUUCUCGCCAAAUGCAGAGCCGUGGAGUCUCCCAAGAAAUUUCUCCCUUUUCUACGUUCCUUCCUCCUUGCGAAAAGAAGAAAGCAUGAGAGGAGGGCGAAAAGACCAUAUCUCGGAGGCGGUAGAAGCUGUGAUUUCAUGUAGGAGAUUGCGCGUGAUUUACGAGAUGAUUGCGGAAAUACCAAUGACGAUGAUGACGAGGAGGAGAUGAGGGAGGAGGGCGGUUGGAAAAGCACACAAAGUCGUAUUUUAUGCGGAUGACGCACGUAGGAAACCGUUGUUGUUGCGAAGGAAAUCACCAGUACGACAAUCGGACACGCGAAACUGUACAAGUAACAAGAAUGAAGCGAGUCCACGAUCGAGGAGUGAUCUUAGACGUUACUAAUACCAUUUGUUAAGUAGUUUGUGUUUUACGAUAUAUAUAUAACUGUAAUUAUAAUUAGUAUUAUUAAUGAUUAUUAUAAUGUACGGUAUACGAGAUCCGAUACACAAGAUACGUAAGCGUUUAAUCCAAAAAGAAAACUUGGAAAAAGAUCACGUGCUUUGAUACGUGUUCUCUGGAACCUGUGCUUGGCGAAAUUCGGAUGAGAAAUGAUGAAUUUAACAUAUAAAUGUAGCAACAUUUAUAUCGCUUGUUAUUCUUACUAGUGUAACUGUAUUGGUUUGCGCGAGAAAUCCGUUGCUUGUUGCGCUUACAUUUGCUCACUGUGGUCAUUCCUCGAUGCGUGAAGUCCGAUUUAGUUCUUAUGUGCAAGAUGGAUCUCGCUUCACUCUUGCUACUGCUUGCUACUGUUCAAUGUAAAUCUUCGGGUUCCGUGAUCUAUGGAAUUUUGUCGAAGAUCUUCCCUCGAAGUUGCGCAUUUCGAAAACUUUGGCGUGUCCUCGAUGUCCUUCGCAACAUACCCAUUCCAUCCUUGAUUCUACCGUCGCGGGUUCGAUCUCGCUUUUCGCCCAUCCCGAACAACGCGCGUGUCUAUCUAAGUUUCUUAAUUUUUUGGCUCGUGUAUUAUUUCCAAGCGAUAUCCGAAAUUCGCUUCUCUCUUUCUCAAUUUUUUAUUUCUUUUUCUUUUUUAUCGCGAUUCCAUGGUUUUAUCUGGCCGCCUUUAUCACGACUUGAACUUGAAGAAUAAUUUAGGUUCCUCCUUCGACCGCCCUUUAAACUUGCGCAUUGUUUCGGGAAGGGAUCGUUUCCAUUCCUUGCUCUCCGAAUUUCCAUCGCGAUUCCAUUCCUCGAUUUUCUCAAUUUUUAAUCUCCCCCUCCCAUCGUCCAGUCGUGACUCCAUUACUCUUCCGUCUCGUUUGCCACGAUUGUUUGCACGCCGCAAUUGUUCGUCGACGAGAUUCGUGUGUCACGAAUACGUUGUUCACCAUCGAUUCCGAGACCGCGAGGAGCGUCGUUGCGAAAUCACUUCCGAUUCCGCGUGAAAACUCGACCUUCGUUUUAACUAAUCGCCCAUUAUACUCUUCGCUACAUCGCGAUCGGAUCUUAUUUUUUCUUAAUGACCUUCAUGUGCCAUGAGGUGCAUUAAGAGACAUUUAAGAAUCUUAGGGUCACGCGUUUAUUUGGCAGACAAGGAGAGAAAGAGAGAGAGAGUGAGAAUGAAUGUGCGUAAGAGAACAUGUUAAUUCGAAGUAGCUAGUGUUGCGAGAAUCAGGAAGAUUAAUUGAGCACGCAUUUAAGUGCCUCAAAGUAUGUUGUAUAUUAUUGAGAGAAAGAGAGAGAGAAAAAGAAAGAGAGAUUAUCGCGAUUACCACUAUUAAUAUUAAUUAGUACUAUUGAUUGCUCUAUUAUAUAUUAUUAUCAUCAUUAUUUUAUUAUUAUAGGCAGGAACUUUUGGCUUUAGGUGUUACGACAAUGUAUAUGUACUACAUAUGGACAGAAAUACACAUACAUAAGACACAUACAUGCGUACACACGACACACACAGAGCAAGAAAAAUGGUGCGAAGGACAGAGACAAAUAUAUAUAGAUACAUACAUACAUAUAUAUAUUUGUCAAUGAUUACGUAUGCAAACUCGAACUGACAAAAUGUAAUGAAAAAACGAAAAAAAAAAAGAAAAAACGAAAAACAAGAAGAACGAAAAAUCGAUCUCCUGCAAACAGAGGGAGCGCAACGGGGUGACGUUGCGCCGCAUGUAUACUGCUAUAUUUUGAACUUACGAUGCUGCCGUUUCAUUUUUUUGUCUAUUGUAUACACGUACACGUACAACAGGGCGUUUCAAAUAGGAUUGUCAGCUGUUUUUGUUAAUAUUGAGUUGAAUAAAUCAAAUAAACGAUAUGUCGGACAAAUCGACUCUUCGAGGAUCGUAUGUUGCGCCGGAAAGACGUUCUCCUGGAUUCUUGCGGGUGUUCGCCACUGCGGUAGAACACGUCGACCUUGCGUCGAAUUGUCUGAAAAAAUCUGGAAAAAAUUACGCGUGCGGUAGAUUAGUAGUCUACAACUUCGAAUUCGAAAUUCAAGAAGCAAAAGAAAUCAGUGAGCAAGUCGAUGAAUCUAAAAUCCAAGCAUCCGGACGUCAUGCGAUGACUAAGGAGAAGCGACCACUAAUGCUAAUACUAAUCAAUUCCACCGUGACAAUGCAACUGCGGAAGAAUCGCGGAAUUUGAUCUAGCAAGUCCGGAUAACGAUUUCCUAUCGAGCGUGCGAAACGAACGAACAGUUUUCCCGAAAUCGCAAAGAACCGGGCAGUGGCCGGAAAUGUCUUUUUCGCGUAAUUCUCGCUGGCAGUCGCUUAACAUGUUGUUCUCGCGCGCUGCAUGUCCGCGAGAGAAAAAGGAUCUAUUGGGGGCAGUUUCCGAGGAAGCAUCCCCUUACGCAUCCGAGAACGGGCGGAUGCGCUGCGUGGGGUGUCGCACAGAGAAUGAUCGAUCGUCGAUCGUCGAUGAGCGGUACCGUCGAAUUUUCGGGGCGGCGGUGGAUCGUUUCAAUCCGCACACGUGGUGCUCUAAGGGCGAGUUCUACACAGCGCGUCUCAUUUAAUAAAAAUAUACGAGAUACAGAUCUAUACAUAUAUAUAUAUAUUUUUUUUUGGUGAACCGCGCACGCGGGUUCUCUCCGGGACGCGGUCUCGCUUCGCCGCCACUCUCCAACGAUGUAGUAAAAUAUUAAAUGUAUAUACAUUAUAUAUAUAUAUGCAUAUGUAUACUACUACGCACGAGACAGAUAGACUAAGGCAUUAUAAUUAUUAUACAUACAUUGAUGUAUGUGUGCGUAAUGUAAUUCGCGGGUCCUACGCGACUCGCGGAUUCUAUACUGCGGUUUGUAAUUCUCUCGUGUCGCGGAUUCGUAAGGAAAGAAGAAAAAAGAAAACCCAGCGAUUCGCGUAAUCGCGCGCCUUGUUAUAUAUAUAACAUGCAAGCGACGUUGAACGAUUUGUCGAACGACCUCGAUUUUCCUUUCUUGCAUUAACACAGGUUUUUUGUUUUCUCUUUUGUUUGCCCUUUCCUCGUUUACUUUCUUACACGCGAUGUUGUUCAUUCGAUGCUUUUCGAUAUUACAUGUGUACGUGGAAACAGAAAGCGCGGUGUAAAUGUAGUCGGUUAACGAAAAUUAGAUCGAGGGAUCUAUAGUACCAUAGAUAAUUGGAUGUGUGUGUGUGUGAGUGAGCGAGAAAGAGAGAGUGUAGUUGUGGGUGCGUGUGUGUAUGUAUGUGCAAAAGCGAGAAAGAGAGAGAGAAAGCGAGAAGUAUGGUGUGAAAGAAAAAGAUAUUAGCCCGCGCGAUUAACGGAGUUUCUCGAGCAA